AAACUGCUGUCUUGCAUUCCUGCUCCUCCACAGGACUGAGCCCACUGCUGCUGCUGCUGCUGCUGCUGCUGCUGCUGCUGCCGUCCUGUGGAUGAUGCCUGUUGCUCUGCUGAGCUCUGCAUUGCUGCUCAAAACCACUGAAGCUGCAGCUGACGCUCCUUUUAGGAAGCUCCCAGAAGCUGCUGGUGUCUCCUCCAGUCAAACUAUUACACCCAGAGAGAGGCGCACCCUGCUGGACUUCCACAACCGGGUCCGUUCUCAGGUUCUCCCUCCUGCUGCCAAUAUGGAGCUCAUGGUUUGGGACGAGGGUCUGGCAGCGUUGGCGUUCUCCUGGGCUUCUCAGUGUCUCUGGGAUCACGGGCCCAGACAAGUUAUGAAAUAUUUGGGCCAAAACUUGUCAAUAACUUCAGGAAGGUACAAGUCCAUCGUUGAACCUCUGCAGUCCUGGCACAGUGAGAGGCGGGGCUUCUCGUACCCAGACAGAUGCAGUGGAUCUGUGUGCUCUCACUACACUCAGAUGGUCUGGGCGAGCAGCAGCAGAGUGGGAUGUGCUGUCAGGAAAUGCUCAAACAUGCAUGUUUUUGGAAAAACCUGGAAGGAAGCAACACUGCUGGUUUGCAACUACUCUGUCAAGGGAAACUGGGUGGGAGAAGCUCCUUACAAGACUGGGAAACCUUGUUCUGUCUGUCCGUCCAGCUAUGGAGGCUCCUGCUGGAGAAACCAGUGCUCAGCAAACUCCAAACUCCAACCACUUUAGAUCAAGAUCCAUGCAAAGUUUGUUUUUUUAAUGGAAAAUUUCAAUUAAAUUCUCAGUAUUUAUCACAAAAAACAGAGUUAUAUUUACUUUAAUCACAUACAUUGACAUUACUCUAGUAAAAUUGCAUUCUUGGUGUGUUUUAAACCAAAAAGUCUCUUGGUUUGUUGUUCUGGUCCAGAUCUUUAUUCUUCACGAGUGAAGUAAAACUUGCGUUUUUACGUGGCGUGUCCUUUAACCAUUCGUCAAAAUGUGACGACUUGGGAAUGAGCAUGUGUUGUUUAACAGCCUCAUGGCUUUUCCACUGAGCGGUCCAGUGCGGUACGGUACGGUAUUUUGAGUGUUUCCAUUUUAAAAAUGAGCCAUU